CUUGAUGAAAUCACUUGUCACUCCUUUUUAUUGCCUUGGCUUCAGAUCGGUCAAUCCGCUAACCUGCUAACUUGCUAAACCUUCCCCCCUACCAACUAACCUGAAUUUCUUCCCUCCCGCACAAAUACAAAGCACAAACAAGCGACAGAAAAUCCAGACUGCGUUUCUGUUGCUUUGACCUUGUUCUUCUUCAUACUAUUGGCAUAAAAUCCCUAUAACACCUAGUAUAUCUUACGACUCACCCACAAUUUUUUAGAAGGGAUAGCACAAGCACCCGACACUCCGAACAGAACACCUAACACGCUCGAUCUCUUUCGCUACCAUCAUAUCCUGCAACAACAACAACAAUCAUUCGCGAUGGCCGACUCUGCAACUGAUCCAGCUGCCAAUGGCAAUUCUGUUAACUCUUUGAAAGGCAAUGCCCAAGCUGCUUUUAAUCAACUCGCAUCUGGCCCUGUUGCCCAAAAUGUUAGAGAUCAGGGUGCAAAGACAACUGCCGAAUUCUCCAACCUAGCCAACGCCCGGCAAACACCUUCUCAUCCUGCUGCCACUGGCCAGCCAUUGACUCAUUACCAUUCGUUCUUCUCCGAGUUGCUAUCGUGGAACAAUCCCCGAGCAUCCGCCAUUGCCUAUGCUUCCGUUGUUUCUUUGAUAUUUGUGGCUAGAUACCUCGAUGUCAUCCGAUACACCUUCAAGCUCACAUAUCUAGCCUUGGGCGUCACCGUCCUUGCCGAAGCUGCCGGAAAGGCCACCAUUGGUACCGGUCUUGCUACUCAGCUACGGCCCCGCAAAUAUUACACCGUCCCUAGGGAAACACUCGACGCUUUAAUUGGUGAUGUCCAUGAGCUCAUUAACUUCUUCGUUAUUGAAUCUCAACGGGUAUUCUUCGCCGAGAAUGUCUCUGUGUCUGCUGUUGCUGCCUUUGGAGCAUUUUUAUCAUACUACCUCGUCAAGAUCGUCCCCUACUGGGGCCUUGCUCUAAUCUCCACCACCCUCUUGUUCUUCGUACCCCUGAUUUACAGCACCAACCAAGAGCUCAUCGACCACUACCUUAAGCAGGCUUCCGAUGUAGUGGAAAGUCAGACCGAACAGCUCCGCCAGGUCGCCAGCAAGCACACAUCCCAGGCAACUGAACUCACCAAGCAGUACAUGGGUGAUUACACUGCCAAGGCCCAACAGAUGCUUCGUGGUCGAUCAGCCUCCCCCGAGGCUGCGUCGAAGCCAGCCCAGUCGAACCUCAAGGAUUCCGACUUCCCGAGGGCUCCCAAGCAGGACCUAAAGGGUCAAGAGGAGGAGGAAUCCUCUGAGGAAGAGUCCGAGGACGAGCCUUUGAUCUCCGCCUAGGCGCGUGCUAGGCAGCUUGUCCGAUAGCGAUUCCCUCCUCAGUACAUAAUGUAUAUCCGCACCAAUUCGCGAGACCCGUCUGGUAUGGCACGGCAAUUUAUUACGACUCAUGGCAUAGAAAGAUACGAGACAUUGCGAAAUUUCGAAGCUCCCUCGAUGGG